GGUCCCUCAAUAUGGAAAGGGAUCUUAUUAUUAUUAUGCAAGGGAUCUGCCGAUUUUCAACCCAAAUACAAUGUAUCUGGGAUAGAAUCUGCAAUGAUAAAUAAAUUUGCGCUUUCAAAUCGGUCAUUGACAUUUGAACACCAAUACAAUGCACAGGCCAUCACAAAGGCAACAUGGCAGUGUUGCUGAAGAAGAUAACCAUAACCAUUCAGAGUAUGAAGGUAUUGUAAUAGCAGGAGGAGGCAUAGGAGGCCUGGCCACUGCUCUUGCUCUUUACAGAGUGGGAUUAAAAUGCUUAGUUCUUGAGCAAGGGAGUUCAUUGCGAACAACAGGAGCAGCUCUUAACCUUUGGACUAAUGCUUGGAAGGAAUUGGAGGCUCUUGGAAUUGCAGAAGACCUUCGUACAAGACAUGCUCGCUUGCUAGGUUCAAGGAUGGUCUGCGUUGAGGAUGGGUUAGACAAGAAAGUUUCAUACAGGAAUCAUGAAGUUCGCUGUGUGAAAAGAAGUGUUCUUAUUGAAACGCUUGCUGCAGCCUUGCCUUCAGGAGCCAUCAGAUUUAAUUCCAGAGUCGUGGCUGUACUCAGAAGUAGCAAUUCUGAUUACCCCACCAUAGCGUUGGAAGAUGGUACAUAUAUCAAAGCCAAGGUUUUGAUAGGUUGUGAUGGAGUAAAUUCAGUCAUUUCGCGUUGGUUGGGAAUUCAACCCACCAGGCUUUUGGGAAGGUCAACAAGCCGUGGCUUGUCCGUCUACCCUCAAGGCCAUAGUUUUGAGCCAAGAUUAUAUAUUAAUUUAGAAAAUGGUGUAAGAGUUGGUUACAUUCCAAUCAAUGACACAGAAGUCUUCUGGUUCUUAAAUAGAAAAUCAGUUCCCAAAGACUUGGAGACUGCACGGGAUCCCAAGCUUAUCAUACAAGAAGCCUUAGAUUCACUUAAAGGUUUUCCAGAGGAGUAUCAUGAUAUUGUGCUAAGAACACAGACAGAUUCACCCACUCUUACUCUUCUCAGAUUCAGAUGGCCAUGGGCAGUGUUAUUUGGGAGAAUCUGUAAAGGAACAGUCACUAUUGCUGGAGAUGCAAUGCAUGCAAUGACUCCACAUAUUGGACAAGGUGGAUGUUCGACACUUGAGGAUGCUGUUAUUCUGGGGAGAUGCCUUGCAGAAGGAAUGCAUGGAAAAAGUAUUGGUACCAAAGAUGAAGAAAAAACAAGAAUCCAAACAGCAUUGAAGAAAUAUGUAACUGAGAGGAAGUGGAGGGUCUUUAUGUUGAUGACUAAAUCUUACAUAACUGGCUUAUUGCAACCAGGAUCAGGAAGAUUCAUGAAAUUCCUCAGAGAGAAAAUUAUGGCCAAGGUUUUUGGGAAUGCUUUAGGUCAUGCACACUAUGAUUGUGGAAGCCUUUAUGCAACCACUGAAUCAUUUUAAAAUCAUUAUCUACGAUUCUACAGUUAUAAUGCCUAUUACAAAUGUAUCAACCUGGAUUCAUUUAUUGCAGUACAGCUUCCAAGCAUUUUAAAUUCAAGUUUUGGUGCUAUAAAUGAAUAUCUUUAUCAAAACAUUAGCAAAUAUAUAGAGAAGAAAUCCCUUGUGAACUAUGGGAUUGCUGGCCU